AUGAGUGAGCCAACUCCAAAGGCACAGCCAAGCGCGCCAGCCGGCAACCGUCGCAGGAGCUCCGGCUUCAUGCCCUCCUUCGAGGGGCUCCAGCAGCAGAAGAAUAAUUCGGAUGCGGCGCGUCGACAGAGCAUGUCGGACCAGCAGGCCAAGGGCGGCAUGUUGAGCCAGUUCUUCCACAAGUACGUCGUCCAUGCCAUUGAUGACUGGCAGGCAUCGUUGCCCCCCUUCCAGCACAUCACCAUCACCAUCACAUCACCAUCACCAUCAUUCCCAUCUUCAUCCCCCCCAUUACCAUUCCCGUCCCCAUCACCAACUUCGUCCCAUCUGCGUCCCGACCGAGCACGCGCCGUUCCUAACACAGCAAUCUGCAGCAAUUUUGGUCGCAACACCAAAUAA